AUGGGAAGUAAUCUUUUGGAACUCACUUCAGAAGACGAGUUAAAGAAUCUUAUCGAUCAAAGCAAAGGUUCCAUAAUAAUACUCAAUUUUUGGGCAACAUGGGUUCAGCCAUGUUCUCAAAUGAAUGAAGUAUUCACGGAACUUGCCAGUAAAAAUGCUUCUCUAAACUUCGUCGACGCUGAGAAAUUUCCCGAACUUUCAGAAUCUUUUGAAAUCGCGGCAGUUCCUACCUUCAUAUUUCUCAAGAAAGGAAAGAUCGCAGAACGUGUCGAUGGAGCAAAUGCACCAGAACUUACGAAUCGAGUUGCUAAAUAUUCCAAGGUUUCAUCAUUUGCAACAGGCGCAAAAGACGAAACGCAGAAAAUUGAUUUGAAUACGCGACUGAAAACAUUAGUCAAUUCUCAUCCCGUUGUAGCUUUUAUUAAAGGUACACCUUCUCAGCCACGUUUAAAAGAAUAUUCUAAAUGGCCAACUUAUCCCCAGGUUUAUAUAAAAGGAGAAUUUGUAGGCGGUUUAGAUAUUAUUAAAGAGCUGGUCGCUAAUGAUGAAUUCAAAGGAAUGUUCCAAGGCAGUUCCGGAGUUUCAGACAUGUAG